AUGAAAACGGUUUCUUCCUCUAGGCGUGUGCUUCCUGUCAAAACAAGCACCGAAGACUCUUCAUCCUCAGUGGACCUAAGUCACAACGACGAAGAUGAUGAUCAAAGUUUGGUUUCUCAUUCUCAACAACACCUCAAUACGAAACCACCCAUCUCUUCCAUCAAAUGCAUGCUCAUUCUUCUAGUUACAACUGCCAUUGUUGCUGCAGUGGCCUUUCUCACGUCCAUUUGGAUUUCUUGUUUCAGCUCAAGUGUUUCAACCAUGAGUCAAGAUUUAAUGUCACAACAUUUCUACAAAAUCAUUACCUUUACCGAUGAAACAUUCAAACAAGUCAUCAUGACAUCUGAAAGCGCCAAAAACACCAUGUGGUUCGAUUUGAAUUAUAACAACACGGAUUAUAUCAAUCGAACGACUUUUAAAAUCUUUAAAUCUGCCUAUCAAUUUUUAUCCACUUUAAUGAUUGAUGCCUAUAUUGGAGAUCCUAAAGGAGGAAAUAAGGGAAUCAUGAUGAUGAAUGGAAUUCCGAGUAUUUUGCUAGUCAAUGAAAGUGGUCAAUAUUGGACCUAUUGUGACAACUUUCAAAUGCAUGAACAAUGUUUGACCAAGUCCUCAACGCCAGAUGUCACUCUACCUCCAUUCGAUAUGAGUGGUUUGUUAGAAAUUGCUCAAAAUCAUGCCAAUCGACCAAGAUUUACCAUGUCGUAUACAGAUCCAACAUUACCAACCAUUACAUUUUUGAGUUUGGUCAAUUCAAAACCUGCUCAAGCUCCUAUUGCUUAUGGAAAACCUGCUUUUGAAUGGUAUUUUGGUUUUGAUAUUACUGUGACCACCAUUUCUGAAUAUUUCAAACAAAUUACAGAUGAUAUUGGAGGUUCUAUGGCUUUUGCAAUUGAAACUUCUACUGAUUAUAUUGUUGCAUCAAGUUUCCCAACCAUAGCUGUCACCAUUUGGGAUGCCAACGGAAAUCAAAAACGAAAAACAGCUCUCGAUUUUGACAUUCCUCUCGUGAACGAUAUUGGAAAAUUUGUCUAUUCUGAACUCUCCCAAAAUCUCUCUUCCAUUCCAUGUAAUUCCUUUCUCCUCAAACAAUAUCAAGAUCGUUAUGUCAAUAUCCAUCGAAUGUGUAACGAUGCAAAUAUUGACUGGAUCUUCAUUUUCAGUGUUCCAAAAUGGAAUUACAUUCAAACCAUGAUCAUUGCCAUUGUUGCAGCUUCUGUUUCGAGUAUUUUCAUUAUUGGAGUGGGAAUUGUUUUGGGAGUGUUUGCUUCAUUGCGUAUUGUGAAACCUUUCCAAAAUUUAAUCUACUUGUUUGAAAGUGUUUCCAAUAUGGAUUUGGAUACAGUUUCCAAUGAUGACACGAAUUUGAGUCAUUUAAAGGAAGUGUAUAUUUUGCAACAACACUUUCAUACAAUGGUUCGAAAAAUUAGAAAAUAUCGAUGUUUCAUUCCACCUCACUUGUUGGCUCAAUUAGAUUCUCUUCAAGAUGAAGAAGGAAAUGAAACUGGCAAAAAAGAUCCAACAGGUGACGGAUCAGCUCCAUCACGACCUUCCAUGUCACAAGAUGCACCUUCUUCUCGUGGUUCACAAUGUUCAAGACGAGCUUCUUCCAUGAAGCAACAAGUUUCCAAAUCAUUGUUUCGAUUGGGUUUGGAAAAGAAGCCCUUGACCAUUGCAUGUAUUCAUUUUGGAGGUUUGGAUUCAUGCAUGGAAGUGUUGAAUGACUCAGAGUUGGUUCCUAUCAUGUCUGACUUCUUUGAUAUUAUUCAGAAAAUCGCAAGAAUGAGUGGUGGUCAAUUGGGUAAUUUUGAAAAUAAUGAAAUGACCAUUUCUUGGAAUUCGACCAGUGACAUUCCGUAUCAUGAAGAAAAAGGAUUGGCUUCUACAAAACAAAUAAUGGAGAAAUUGACACAACUCACCUCCACAAAAUGGAAGAAUAAGGAAAGUCUCGUCAAGAAGGAUCUCUUGAAUGUGGUAAAUUUCAAAGCUGCCAUCGUGUCACAAAUUUGUAAAUCAGGAAAUGUCGGAACUCAAGAAGUCAAGUCCUUCUCCAUUGUCGGAAGUUACAUUCACAAUUUAGAAAUUCUCUUGAAACAUGCUUUCAAAUUGAACAUUUCCAUCGUUGCUUCAGAUGUGAUUCAUGACAAGUGUUCAAAAUCAUUUCAAAUGCGUUAUGUUGGAACUCGAAAAUUAUAUCCUCCAGAAUUUACCAAUCCACCAUCUCUUGUGAAAUUCAAAUCCAAUUCCUCCAUGAAUGACAAGUUAAUGAAAACAAAAUUGUAUGAAAUUGGAGAAUCCAAUAAUAAUGAUAUUCAAGAUGAGUGGAUGUAUGAACUCCAGCAUAAAGAAAGAAAAGAGAAAUGGAAGACGUAUCAUGUUGCUGUUAAUCAUUACAUGGAAAAGCAAUACGAUCAAGCCAUUCAACAUUUUGAGGAAUAUUUGCAUGGAGCUGCAUCUCCUCAUCAAGAAGAUGCUUGUGCAGUGUACUUGUUGAAAAAGUGUUACAAGAAAGAGAAGAAGCAACAAAAGAAGAAUGGUGAAUUAGAGAGUGUGUAA